AUGGCUGACAAUGAAGGCUACCUUGCAAAGCCUUCUGCUGACUGCUGUCUGAAGGGUUCGAUCCACAAAGGUGAGCCAAGAGGCCGCUUCGAGACUGUCCACGGUGUUGAGACAUACAUUUCGAGUCCUCAAGGCAACGUCAACGGCAACAUCCUACUUUAUUUCCCGGAUGUUUGGGGGUUCUUCUCCAAUGGAUUCCUUAUCAUGGAUGGAUUCGCCGAUGCAGGUUAUCAAGUCAUAGGGCUGGACUAUUUCCGAGGUGACCCCGUCUGGAAACACCGUAAAAAUCGCAAUGACCGCUCAAAUCCAGGUUUCGACUACGAAGCCUGGAAGAAGAAGCAUAUCGUAUUCGCCGACGAAACUGUGCCAGGCUGGGUGGAAGCGGUCAAGUCUCAGUUCGGAAAGCCUGAAACAAAGUAUGCUUGUGUUGGGUAUUGCUUUGGGGCACCGUACGUCUGCAACGAGCUUGCCGGUAAAACGUGUGCAGCAGGCGCGUUCGCACAUCCAGCAUUUCUCAAGGAACAUCACUUUCGCCAACUGAAAAAACCGCUGUUUCUGUCGUGCUCGGAAAUCGACCACACGUUCGAUAGCGAGGCUCGAAAUGAGGCGCUCACCAUCUUGCAAGAAGAGAAGAAGGCUUACAACUUCCAAGUCUUUUCCGGGGUCGAACACGGUUUUGCCUUGCGUGGGAACAUGGAUAACCCUUACGAGCGCUACGCCAAAGAAGAGAGUUUGAGGAGCAUUGCUCAGUGGUUUGAUUUUUGGCUGUCGCAGUAG